UCCUCUGCCGUCAUCACAGUGCGACUGUGUUUACACACAUCAUGGCGCUCUCCUGUCCCGGUGCGAGGAUCAUUUAAAAUCUGUUUUCCAGCAAGUUUUCCUGUAACUUUCGGGAGGAUGACCAUGGAUGUGACUUUCCUCGGGACCGGCUCGGCCUACCCGUCCCCUCACCGCGGGGCCUCGGCUCUGGUGCUGCGGACAGAGGGGGAUUGUUGGCUGUUUGACUGCGGGGAGGGGACCCAGACCCAGCUGAUGAGGAGCCAGCUCAGAGCCGGGCGAAUCUCCAAGGUUUUCAUCUCCCACUUGCAUGGAGAUCACCUGUUCGGACUGCCCGGUCUCCUCUGCACCAUCAGCCUCAACACCAACCCCGACCCUCAGCAGAACCUAAACUGUGUGGACAUUUACGGGCCCCGGGGCCUCCGGCACUUUCUCAGGGUGACACUUGGCCUCACGGGGUCACAGCUGCUUUUCCCUUAUUCAGUUCAUGAGCUGGAGCCCACAGCUGACCAGAGUCCAGAGGAGGGACAGCUCAGUCUGGAGAUGACGGCAGAGAGCGGACCUCUGCACCCACAGGAGCGGCCGGGCAGAAUAAUCCCUCUGGACGUCUCCAGUGACUGUUACCUCCUCUUUGAAGACAAGAAGUUUGUGGUCAAAGCGUUCAGGCUGUUCCACCGUGUCCCUUCCUUUGGUUUUUGCAUUCAGGAGCACGAUCGUCCCGGAAGAAUGAAAACUGAAGUGCUGAAGGAACUGGGCCUGAAACCAGGGCCUCUCUACGGCCGUCUCAAAGCUGGAGAGUCUGUAACUUUGGAAAGUGGCCGUGUGGUGCUGCCUACUGACGUGCUGGACGAAUCCAUUCCAGGCAGGAAAGUCUGCAUUUUCGGAGACUGCAGCUCAGUUCUCGGGGAAGGAGCGCUGAGUUUGUGCCAUGGAGCGGACGUUCUGAUUCACGAGGCAACUCUGGGGAACGAGCACCGGGAGAAAGCAGUGGACCACGGACACAGCACGCCUGAGAUGGCAGCGGCGGUGGCGUGUGCCUGCUGUGCGCGAAAGCUGGUGCUGUACCACUUCAGUCAGAGGUACAAACCCAGCUCCCUGCAGAAAGAGGGAGAGGAGGACGAUGUGUCAGAGCUGAAGCGACAGGCUGAAGAGGCUCUGCAGGACAGUGGUGUAGAGGUGACUCUGGCUGAGGACUUUCUGACUCUGCCCAUUCCCCUCAGGAGACCAAGAUAAGGAAUGACCUCUCUCUCUCUCAUCAUGUGGUGAGACUCUGUUGCUCUGUGAUGUGACUCUCAGAAAAACAAUUUGCCAGUUCAUGAUCCAUUAAUGAAAAAAGAAGUCAGGCAUGUUUAGGGGACUGACUUUCCAAGAGUGUGAAAUUUGGUGAAGAUCCAAAUCCUGUAGAUUUAAAUUUGUGCUAUUUUAAGUGCCAUUCUAGAUACAUCAGUACUUAGUCUUUGUGUCUGUUCAUGUGAGCCUGUAAAUACAACCACAUCUUUUCACAACACCUGUGUGAUGACAAAAGAAAGAACAUGCGAUCAUCUCUGAACAUUUUCCAGAGCUUUAUUUCUGGAUCUGUACACAAGGUAUUAAAGUACAACAGAAAAUACAAAAGAAUGUUUAACAAAAGAAAAAAAACAACUCAAUGUUUAUGUACAAUUCUUAUAAACAAUAAAGAUAGCUUCUUGAA